GGUCGGCGGUAACCACCUCUAAAGGGUAGGGAGCAUUGAAACCAAACAAUUUCCUGAGCCAUCUCAAAGGUAAACAUUAUUCUAUAAUGCGACGCACUCUGGCCGAGUCAACACCGGAUCGCAAUCAAGAGACCACGCCCGUAUACCGAGGUAAUCGCUUCGACUUCCUUAGCUCAUGACUCGCAUCGGAGAUAAAAGGGAGGAUGCCACAUACGAUGCACAUUCACACCUGAUCUACAUGCGAGUGAGCAAGGCGGCCGCAGUCCAGCAUAUCCUCUGUCUCUACACCUGGCCGUAGAACGCAAAGCCAGCUUACGCCGCAAUGAGCACCCGAACCGUUCCUUACAAGCUUCCACCAUCGCACCUCUCGAAACCCAUCAUCGUGUGCGGAAUUAUAAUGGCACUUUCUGCGUCACGGCGUUUCUCGGCGUUCCACGGCCAGCUUCUGUCGCAAUCACCUACUCUCGCAAAUGCCGCACAGUGGCUGCAGACUGGCAUCUUCUGGUUCUUGUACGGUGCGCAUACUAUCGAGAGCGCUAUUUUUGCAAAGAAGUUGAAGGAUCAUGGGGUGAGCAUACUCAGUGCCGCGUGGUGGAAAUGGAUGGUGGAGUGUUUUAUCGGAGGGAAGUUUUGUUUCGAGCAUUUUGAGGGCAUUGUCAAAAGCAAAAUCUUGUGAGCAGGAUGCGGAAUCCGAAAACGUCCAUCAUGAGUGCAUGUAGCAGUGACUGCAAAGCGGUACGACGCGGUUCCUCUGAAGCGGGGCUCGCCCCUGGACAUCCAGAAAUGCUUUUUUGCUUUGUACCAUAGAAUACCACACGCGAGUUUCGCCCACGAAUAUUGUCCACAUUUUGGGACACAUGUUACGCAAGAAUCGCCUGCAUUCAACUUAUAAGAUAUGAA